UCCGUUGUGGUACGGCCGUCCCAGUAAGCCGUUUUAUUGUAAACGUCAUCAAGCAGCGACGGCUUAUCCUUACACUCGCCCAAGAAUCGUCCGCAUCGCCAAGGAGACCGGAGAGAUUAAGACUUUUUCUUUAAGUCUCCAGAGCAAUAUCAUGGCUGCUGUUAGCUUUGAAGAAUUCUCUGUGCCGCCUGGCUCAGAGCUGGCCCUGCCGCCACUUUUUGGUGGCAAUAUCCUUGAGAGUGAAUUGGAGACGGAGGUGGAGUUUGCUGACAGUGGGAUACCAGAGGAGGAGGAAGAGGAGGGAAUGUUGCGCCAGGAGGAGAUGACCCGGCGCAAGUGUCAGGUGCUGGCUCGGCGCUGCAAGGAGUUAGAGCAGGUGAAUGAGAGGAUGCUAAACCGGCUGCAUCAAGUCCAGAAAAUAACACUGCGGCUCAAACAGGAGCGUAGGUUUCUCAUGAAAGUCCUGGAUUCCUAUGGUGAUGAUUACAGGCAGGGGCACCUUGAUAUCGUGCUGGAGGAUGAAGGGAGCCACAGCACUGAUGCACCAACUCCCAGCAACACAGAGAAUGAGCCCCCUGAGAAAGAGGCCUCUCGGUGCCUCCCAGGCCCUCUGCCAGCCCAAGAGCCUGAGAGCCUCUCACCAACUGAGGGCCCUGCCAGCAAGAAGCGGCGGCGCCUGCUGCGAGAGGAAAAGGAAGCACGGACACGGCGAGUGGCCCAAACGUUGCUCCCCAUGGAGGAGUUUCCGGUGCAGAUAAAAUCAGAAGAGGAUUUCCAGUGUGAGCAAGAAGAUGUCCUCGCUCCUACAUGGCAGCAGUCCAGCCCCCAGGACAAACUACUCCAUUAUCCCAAGUUUUCAAGCCCGGGAGCCUGUUCUGAUUUUGACUGAGACUGGCCACUCACUUGACUCUCAAAGGAGACUGUAUAUAUCUGCAGGCCUUUUGGCGCUCUCCUGGGUUAAAUAGGCCAGUGGGCGGUCUGAGGAUGCCUUGUUCUACUCAAAGGAGCACCAGUUCAGAUUUAAGGAACAAGAUGUGGACAAUGGAACUGUCACUCACUUCCAAGAGAACUGGAUUCAAACCAGCAUGAAGCUGCUGAGGAAAAGCUGAAAGACAAAACAGACUGCCCUGGACUUUUAUUAAAUAGCAUGUGGUAGUCAGUAUGUAAUUAUAUUCAAGCUACUCCAUUGUACAGCAGCUUUUUCUGACACUGUGCCCUCCCAACAGAUUGGACUAUAAGUCCCGGCAUCCCAGAUGCUAGGAAUAGUAGUUCAACCCAUCAGGAAGCAACCAGGGUUGGGAAUGCAUUAUUAGAGAGGUUUAUUGUUUCUGUUCUGUGUUCAAAAGGUAAACAUUGGAACUGGAUUAAGGAUAUGUAACAGUGCUUAAGUCUUAAAUGUUUUGUGUGUGUCUGCAGGCUGGGGAGGGUAUAGGGCAGAGAGUGGGGAGACAGAGUUGGGUCAUUUGUGAGAGAGGUAGAAGUCUUUAGUCUCUACUUCAUCACCCUUCCUAGAGCAGGUCUUGUGAGUUUCUAGAAGUAACCUACAUCUGAUGAGAGUACAACUAUCUCCCACUUUUCAGUUCCAAUACAGUGAAAGGAAAAUGGAA